AUUAAAGGCGUGAACGAGGCGCAAUGAAUGAAUGGUGAGCAAACAAUGCUCAAAGUUGACUGGUAUAAAAGCGAGUUCAUUUUCACAGUUGGCAAGAACUUUCACAUUCUUCUACAACUAAACUUCAUAAUGAACGCUAAAUUCCUUCUUUGUGUCCUUGCCUUGGUCAUGUGCUCAAUUGUCCAGGAUGCUUCUGCUCAAUACUACGGCUACGCUUCAUCUUACUACCCAUCAUACUACGGAGGAUACGGUUAUGGAGCAUAUGGAGCUUAUGGAGGAUAUGGUCUUGGUUCUGCUUAUGCUGGAUAUUACGGAAAAAGAGAAGCUGGUUUUGGCCCAGUUCAGAACUAAUACAAUUGUUUUUUUAAAGUGUACGAACGAUCUGAAAUAAAUCAUUCGAUUUUUCUGAAUAGAAAAUUACU